AUGGCACGCAGAAAAUCAGAAACUUCCAAAAAGUCAGCGAAGGCCUGUACCAAAGAAGCCGGAAAAAAUCAUGAGAGAAGACGGCGAAAUCGACACAGUGGCUACGAACGAGGCUAUAUGGGAGCAUGCCCAGACACAACUGAUUUCAUGCAAGAACUGUGGAAGAACUUUUGCUGUAAGUCAUGUUUAGUCGAUCGUCUUCGUAUACAUCAAAGAAGCUGUACACCAGAACACCCCGCCAAACCUCCUCCUUCAAAAGCCCAUCCAAUAAGCGAUGCUCCAGGAAAAAUGGAGUGA